GGGUCAUUUAAGAACUUACUGGUCAUGAGGUUGAGCACUGCUCGUUUGGAAAAGUUUCUAUGCAACUAAUAACGACAUCCGCUUCAAGAAACGAUCAAGCAGGAUGCGUAAGAUCCUGACUGCAGCAACAUUAAGCAAAGGUUCUAGUUGAGUGGGGGGGAACUCAGAUAAUGUAGUGUUGCUUCAAACUUCGACCGAACCGGUUCAAUUCUCCUUUGCUAUGCAUUUCUACAAGAUCUAGCGCCUGUAUACUAUUACGAAAAAUGACAUAAUCUCCCAAAAAUGAAAGGUCUUCGAUAGCAUCAAGGACGUACGCACUCGUUCGUGUGUGACUGAACCCCGCGUGGACAUGCAAUCAAGACUUAAGAUAUUAAAUAUUUUUGUAAUUUUUAUUUUAUUUUAAGUGUUUUGCCCUUCUUGGCACUCACUGACCGUCUCGUCGUACCCCUUAUAUCGUGUAGAUCUGUUUGAAAGGCAUAAUGUAACGAAACUAGCACUCCAUCAUUACCACCACCACCACCACCAGCAGCAACACCAACACCAAUACACAAAAUACCCACACAAUUUGCAUAAUGCAUUUUAGCUUAGCCAGUUCCGUUCCAACUAGGCGCCUCCAUCCAUCGAUCAGCCCUUUUUCCGAGUAAAGAUCAAUUAAAAGCAUACCCAAAAAUCUCUCUAGUAACACCCGCAAGGGAUGGAAGGAAUAAUCAAAGAUUUAACUCUCAGAAUUUAAAAUGAAAUACAAGCAACGUAGAGGAAAGAUUAUGGAAUAAACAUUGAUGGGGGAAUGGCGAAGAUUGACGUGGGGCUGUUCUAACUGGUUCUUAAAAACAACCAAACCCAUUUCAAGGAUACAUUUUUAAUAAGAAACGAAACAAAACUCUCUAUAUACAUGCAACAAGCGAACACACACAUGCAAAUCAUGAUUAUUUAGAAAACUCUCUAUAUACAAGCCACAAGCAAACACACACACGCAAAUCAUGAUUAUUUAGAAAACGUCUAUAACAUGCUACGGAUAAUAAAAAGGUACGAUACUCCAGCAUUUGGAAGCUCAUGAGAUGUUCCAUGUGGGAAUAUAUCACAAUCCAGCGUUUCUUUCUUCUUCCACCUAAUAACUAGCAUUUCUAAU